AGAAAUACCCGUUAGUUAAACCCAAAUUGAAAAUUUGCGAACGUCAAAUUGAUAGAAAGUUUUUUUGUUUGUUUUUUUUGAUAAAACGAUUCGGCUUUUAAUUCCCAAAAUUAUCUAGAGACAAACGUGCAGCAAUGUAAGUGGUACAUCCUCAUAUACGCGCGUUUUGUGUGGUUGUCAUUUCCAUGUUGUAAGUGUUACAUAUUAAAUCCGAAGUGACUUUGUUGUUUGGUUUAGAUAUACAGUUGACAAGAAAAAAUAUCAGUGAUGCUAUUCAUGUUAUACAGUACUUAGUUCUUCAACAGGUGCUUCUACAUUUCUCGGAUUCCGAAAGUUUAUUAUUGACAAGUCAAAGACAUGUGUUCGUUGCUUGCUACACAUCGCUCUUCACGGACUAGCAGCGGCAGGAUGUGCUGGGGGAGCGCUCGGUGGAGAAUCAGACACUUUGGUGAUCUUGGAUGAGGAGGAAUGUGUUAAGUGUAUCAAAGCCAAUCGUGAUGUUAUUGUCGGUGUCAAGGUCAGACUAUCGGCCAGCGUGUGUGACAAUGGCCGUCUUGAGGCUGAAGCUUUCAGACGAGCAUUGUCGGCGGCAAAACGUUGUGGCGUUCCUCUGAUGGUUCAUCAUUUAGAUUCAGCAAUACCCACACAGACAGAUAAAGAAUCUCCAUCCAGACUUGGCUGUCCGAAAGACCUGCAGGUUGGUGAUAUAUACACUCAUACCUACCAUUGCUUGAAAUGUUCUAUCGUGGAUCGGGAAACUGAAAAAAUUUACAGUGACGUCAUAGAAGCUAAGUCACGUGGUGUAUUGUUUGGCUGCGGACAUGGCGCAGGCUCAUUCGACUGGAAGGUGGCAGAAAUAGCUGCUAAUAAAAAUUUCUGGCCAGAUUUAAUGGGAAGUGACUUACACACAGUGAACCAACAUGGACCAGUUUACGACCUCCCAACAGUCAUGACAAAAUUCUUUCACUUAGGAAUGCCAUUGACCGAAAUCGUCAGAAGUGUGACGUCAUCACCUGCUCGUGCAUAUUGUUUAAAUUCUAUUGGAUCUUUAUCGGAUGGAAUGGACGCAGACGUUUCUAUUUUAAGAAUCGAUGAGUGUGACAUCAAACUUGAGGACGCAGUUGGUCAAACGAGGAACGUCAAGAAAAGAAUACUUCCGGUUGCAGUAUGGCGUGAUGGUAAAAAUCAUCCGGUUACUGUUCCAGCGAUCAGGGAAUAUACGAGUGUUUUUUAACGAAAAGAUAAACAAUAAUUUUUUAGUGUUAAAUAUUAUAAACCACAGCUGCGUCUGUUUGAUUUAGCGUAGAUUAAAAUUAAAAGAAAAAAAGAUUGAAAUCAGUGUUUCCAUACAAAAUUUUGCAACUGGAAGAAGUCGUUAAAUACAUCCAUUUAAUAUAAGUGAAAAUAUAGAUCUGUAUGUUAUAUUUAUUCCCAGGCUAAUGUACGAAAAACAGAUUAUUUGUCUAACGUAUAUGAUAUAAAGACUGUUUAUAGUAUGCAA